AUGACGCGUCUUGGUCAUGCAAGUCCCUCUUAUUGGGAAGAAGAAGAAGAUAUAGAAGAAAUUUAUGGGGACAACGCAUCUCAAGAUGAUCAGGAAGACGAUGAACAGUAUAAACCCGCUGAAGACACAUCUCAAGAUGAGGAAGAUGACGAAGAAUAUAAACCCGCUGAAAUAAAGGCAUUUCAAAGGAUUUGGAGUGAGGACCAAGAGAGAGCUAUCUUGAAGGGUGUGAUCAGAUUCUCAGCUGAAAAAGGGAUUGAUUAUGCUUCCAACAUGGUACACGUCUUUGCUUAUAUGAAAAAAUCAAUUAAAGGAAAUUAUACUGAACACCAAUUAAAGGCAAAAUUACAGAAAAAGAAAAGAAAGUUCAAGGAUAAUUUGAACAAGGACAAGUCCACUUUUAGUCUGCAUGAGAAGAAAAAGUUUAGGUUUUCCAAAAGAAUUUGGGGCGCUGGUUCUAUUGUUUGUGCUCUUGUUGAAACCUUCAGCUCUCCUAUUACACCAUAUUCGACAAUUAUGGAAGAAGCGAUGGAUUUGGUAGGAGAUGUAGAGAGAGUUGAGCUUGACAAGAAGUGGAUAGCCCUUGAUAUUUCUCAAUUGGAGAUUAACAUGAAAAAAGCACGACUAGUCCAAGAGAAUAUUCAAACAACAUUUGAUUUUUCUUCCUUCACCUGGGGUUGAUGGUAGCACUAAUAUGAAAAUUAUUGAAGAGAUGGAUUUUGUGGCAGAAAUGCAAAAACCUGAAUUUGACAAGAAGUUUAAAGCAAUUGAUAUUUUGCAGUUGGAGCUUAACAUGAAGAUGGCACAAUUAGCCCAAACUAAUAUAAGAAUGAUCUUAUAUGUUUACAAGUCUUAUAAGUAAGUUUGUUUGUUUUGUAUUUCCAAUGAUGAUUUAUUUUUAGAGAUUAAUGGAGGCUUAUUUAUCGUU